AAAAAGGAUGUGGUUGGAAAACUCUCAGUUAAAAAAAUAAGAAUUCUAUUUAAAGGUUCUUAAAAAAAAAAAAUACAAAAAUAGAGAGAGUGAGAGAGAGAAUUGGAAUUCAAGAGCACUGUUUUUCAUAUUACAUUAAAUUGUUAUUAAAUAAAAGAAGAAGCCAACGAUAGCCCCAUCGGUCUCCAAGCAUUUCCCUAAUUGCAAAGUCUUCUCAUAUUCUUCUCAUAUUUUGGGGAAAGAAGAAAAAAAAGAGAAACCUUUUCAUAUUCUUGUCAGGAUUCGCAAGCCUUCUCUCCAAUUUUUCCACACCCCUCCUUAUAAAACGGACAUUGGUUUACUCUUACCCAUUCGAAGAUAAUUCAUUCUGAUACCUAAAGAAAUGGCAGCCACCAAGAUAAGCCUGAAGCUGUGGAUCGACAAGAAGAGAAACCGAGUGCUGUUUGCUGAAGCAGGCAAGGACUUCGUUGAUUUCCUCCUAGAAACUUUUACCCUGCCGGUCGUAACUGUCACUAGGUUCCUGAAAAAUGAAGACACAGCAGGCUGCUUGCAAAGCCUGUACGAUAGCGUCGUAAACCUGAGCGAUACUUUCAUCCGGCAAGGAGUAAGCAAAGACUUGGUGUUGAAGCCCAGAGCAGUAACUUCUGGUGCUACAGACUCCCUUCUCUUGCCAAGGGUCGAGUCCUACACAUUCAGGAAAUUCUAUCGGUGUCGGAACUCGAAUUGCAUGAGUACCUAUGGUGUUUACAAGUCUACUCGAAGUGCGAAAAAUUGUUAUGUAUGCAACUCAUCACCAAAUCAGAUGCACGAGGUAUCGCUCAGUGUUGAAGAGGUAAUAAGCGAAAACAAGGAGAGUGGCAAUUUCAGUUUCGUGAAAGAGAUCGUCCCAUACAUGGUAAUGGAUGACCUGAGGAUGAAGCCCAUGUCCUCCAACACUUUUAUUACUCUGCUUAAUGAGUAUAAUCUCAAGGAUGUGGGUGCGAUUGAAGAGAAAGUGGUCGCUUUGGGCAUGGAUGAGUGUGUGAAGUUGAUCAAGGCUGCUCUGCAAUCCAAGACUGUUCUGACAGAUGUCUUCCUGCCUAGACCAUCUGAAACUGUGGAGUCAAUCAAAACGAGUGGGACUUCUGAAGGAACAAAUAAAGGAAGUUCUGUAUCUCCGCCCGAUGAAUGAAUUGCUGAAGACUACUAUUAUCUAUUUAGAAAUGGAAUGGAAUGUUUAACUUGGAAAUGGAAUGUGUACUGCUAAACUGUCUUUAAGAGCUACUUUGGGUGAGCUUCGAGCUAGCCUUCGAGUGUGUGCUACAAAAUGGAAGGUGUAUCAAACAGCAAUAUUUUUAGUAGACUCAAAAAUAUAAACAACAACAAAGAUGCCAUGCACAGAACGAUGGUUUUUAUAAAAA